CUCUCACCGAAUGCCUCGUUUUUUAUUUCUCUAAUGGAAAAGACAUCUACUCCUGAAACAGGAAUAGGGGCGACUCUGCUGAACAUAAAGCUCUGGGGUGACUGCUGGCUGCACGAACGACAAAGUCAUCUUCAUUUUCACUACAGUUGGGACUUCAGAGGAACUUCGUAAAGUACAGAAUGGCAGCACAGGGAGCAACCAUGGCAAACAAGGGUCCAUCUUAUGGGAUGAGCCGCCAGGUUCAGGAUAAAAUCGAGCAGAAGUACGACCCAGAGCUGGAGGUGCGUUUGGUGGAGUGGAUCGUGGCUCAGUGUGGCUCUGGGGUUGGAAAGCCAGAGGCAGGAAAACUGGGUUUCCAGGCCUGGCUCAGAGACGGAUGUGUUUUGUGUGAGCUCAUCAAUAGUCUGUGUAAGGAGAAGCCUGUAAAGAAGAUCCAGAGUUCCAGCAUGGCUUUUAAACAGAUGGAGCAGGUCUCACAGUUCCUCAACGCUGCAGAAAAAUAUGGCGUCAUCAAAACCGACAUGUUUCAGACAGUAGAUCUGUGGGAGGGAAAGGACUUGGCCGCGGUGCAGAGGACACUCAUGGCUCUGGGGAGCAUUGCAGUUACAAGAGAUGAUGGCAACUUCCGUGGAGAUCCCAACUGGUUCUUCAAGAAAGCUCAAGAGAACCGGAGAGAUUUCUCUGAUGAUCAGCUGAAAGAAGGGAAGAAUGUCAUAGGUCUGCAGAUGGGUUCCAAUAAAGGAGCAUCCCAGGCUGGAAUGACAGGCUACGGUAGACCUCGACAGAUCAUGAACCCAUGAGCCAAUCACCGUGUCCUUCCCUCAGUUCCCUGAGCAUCGCCGCAUCCCAAUCGCCGGACUCCAAACGUUCCUUUCAAAAUAUGACCAGACCGACAGUGUAAUAAAUAUAAAUAAUAACACCACUUGGUACUAAAAUAAGUUCCCAUGUCCAGCAUCAAUCCCUACUUGUGAAAUGUAUUUGGUCAAAUUAAAGUGUUCUUUGUUAAA